CGCUGGUUGCGCGGGAAAGAGGCGGCGCGCGCGAACAGGUGUGAGGGUCGGUGGCGGCUCCCGGACUCGCGGCGUCCCGUGGCCACCUGUGGGCUCUGGCUUCUCCUGGCGGCCCCGUUCUGGGCAUUCCACACUUUUAGGUGGUCGAGGUGGAGUUAAUAUCCGAGCAGACCUACUCAGUUCCUGAUAAGGACAGAGCGACCUUGACAACUUCAGUGGCCCAGGUUUUUCAAAAGAGGGAUAAAAUGAGUAAGAGGAAAAAGCUUCGGACUUCAGGAGGAGAAGGAGUCCGUCCUCCGAAGCCCCCAAAGAACCCAAGGCUAGGAGACUCUGACAGGCCCCCCCAGAAUUCUGAGUGGGGCUCUUUAUGUCUCCCUGAAGAGUCAGAAAGCACAUCAGAACCCGUUUCCUCUACAGAGCAGAAGACGGAGGAACCAGUACAGACAGCCUCCAGCUCCCAUGAUGAAGAAGCAGGAGCUCCCUCCAGGCUCCUUGGGCAACCAGAAAAGGAGCCAGUUCCUUCUCCUCUUUCCCAGAACCCAGCCAGGAGGUUUGUCCCCCAGUUUGCUAAACCCAGGAAGACAGUGACAGGACAAGCAGAGCUGAGGGAAGUGGACCUCAGGGACGGAGCCCCUAAAAUCAGCCAGGAAACACCACCAGAGCCCAGUGCCCAGCAGGCCGGAAGCCAGCCGUGGGAGGAAUCCCUAGGGCUUGCUCCCUGGGAGGCCAGGGAGCUGAGUGCCCAGACCCAGAGAGACAGCACCCACCCUGAGCACAGAGACCAAAAGCCCAUGACACGUGUGCCUGGCAGUGGGAACCCUCAGCCCUCAGCCUCCAUUGAUGCCUCUCCAGAAUGGGGGACAGUGCCCUUGGCCUCCAAGAGGGCCAGCCAGGACCACGUGUUAGAGCAAGUAACCAACACACCAGAGGGUGAAAGCAGGGAAGGGUGUUGGGUUCUAGGCUAUCAUGGCCAGAAAGGUCCCCUGCUGAGCGAUGGUGCUGCAGAUAAGGAGUCAGAACAAGGAGCGCUCCAGAAAGCAAGUCCCCGAGGGGGAGCAGGGGCUGACCUGCCUGAGAGGCAUCAGGAGGAAGGAGACAGUGUCGUAGGUCCCAUCACUCAGGGCCCGGAGCCCAGAUCUGCAGCCCAGGGCCUCCCUGACACCUUGCAGAUAACCAGCGAGACUGGCAAGGAAGCAAAACAGAGUUGUAGCAGCCCAAGACACUCCUCCCUUGGGACCGUUGUCAUCAAAGAUCUGAGCACACACCCCACUGAGCCAGAACAGAGGGCUCCGGAGGUUAUCGGGCCAGAUGAGCAGGCCAACACGAGGGCACCUCCUUGUCCCAGUGGGAAGGCCCCUGAUGGAGGCUGCAGUGGGACCCUGCUCAGUGGCACACCUCUCAGUGGGGGGACAGGACAUAGAGGGGAGGCAGGGUGGGAAGACAAGCUCCCCGGCAACAUUCCAGGGGGUCCUGAAGCCUGCCUGGCUCUGGGUCACAGGAUAAGAGAGCCCACGAUAGGUGCAGGAGAUUUCAGUCUUCUAGCCUCGGAAAUGGGCCCAGGUAUUAAUCAGACAAAGGUGCCUGGCCUGGAUCGAGAGGGGCUGGGAGGUGUGUGUGCACUGCCUUUGCUGUUGCAGUCCACAGGUAAAAAAGCAGUUGAGUUAGGUCGCCAGAGCCCUGAACAAGACCUUGAGGGAUUCAGUCUGUCUCUUGGAGCCUUUGCUCCACCGGUGCACAGAGAAGCAGUGGGUGGCCCUUCGCAGGAGACCAGGGCCUGCCAGGACAGCAUAGAUGUCCCUGCGGACCCCACAGGCUGGCAUGAGCCCCCUCCUGGCUCUGUAGACCAGGCUGUGUUGGGGGAGUCCCCAGCCAUGGAACCUGACUUCCUGCCAGACAGCCAGAUACGGGAUGCCCUGGAAGCCCCUGACUUCGAAGCCUCACCUGAGCAGAUACUGCAGGAUGAGCCGGAGGCAGUGCCACGCCUCAGCCACCAGGAACAGAGCCAUCGUCCAACACAGAUCAGCCCUUCAGAAAGCACAGGCUCGGCAGGGGACACCAGGUUGUUUCCUCCCGGGAGCAGGCUGGCCUCUUGCUGGCCUGGCACAAGCCCACAUGCUGAUGGAAGGCUUCUCACGGAGCUCCAGCUGAGGACCUGUGUAGGCAUCAAAGGCUGUGAGGCCGCCAGGAUGGAGGAUGCAACAGACACCGUGCUGGGUCUCGUUGUUGAGCUCUCCCACCUGAACCGGCUGAUCAUGAGCACCCACCGGGACCUGGAGGCCCUCAAGCGCCUCAGCUACCGGAAGGCGAAGGCGAGGCUGGCAGGGAAAGCCCCGGCACCCUAUACACCAAAGGGGGCUGGGAAUCUCCCUCCAGGGGAGCGGUCCUGGAGGGAUUUGUAGACCACUUCCAGACCACCUCAGAAGUGC